AUGAUAGGACUUGUUGUUUGUGCUUGCGCGUUAGUUAUUGCGAGUUCAGGAGUGUUAACGGAAAAUGUAACCAUUGAAACAACAGAAUUAUCAAAUUCGACUGAAAGUCAUUCGAUUAAUAAAAGAAAUGCUUUAUUAGACGCUUGGGAGGAAUUCAAAAAUUACAUGCAUUAUUUUAUUCGUGGAUGGUUCAGAAGAUCAGAUGACGCUCAAAAUUCUGACAGUGAAAUUGACGAGUGCAUUAAAAAAUGUAGUAAUGUUUCUUCGACUAAAACACGUCUUCUAAAGCGGGAAGUCUUAUCAGACUUGCUUGAAUUUCUUCAGGUGUUUUUCGGAGAUCUGUGGCAUGUAAUUAAAUUGGUACCAGAAAAAGGCCUUACGCUGCUUGAUGGAUUCUUCAAAAAUCUUUCAACUUUUCACAGACAAAACCUUCUUCGAGUUAAUGAAAUACUUAAAAUAGACACCGAUGAAGACUAA